CAUCUCAGUGACUGUUCAGGUGCGGCUCAACGGAACAGGUGGAGGGAAUCGCGCUCCGGGGGGCAGACAAAGCAAAUAUUUAACGUUAUUCCAUAGUUUUCCAUUGUUAUCUGGAAGUGAGUGGAUCGUUAGAAGGCGAGCCGGUGCUGCUGGACCUGCUUUCGGCAGAGGAAACAAGUGUCUCCCGGAGCAACAGGUGCGGGAGGAAGACGAGCGCGGAUAAUAAAGGAAGGAAAGAAAGAAAGAAAGAAAGAAAACUCUGUGGACAUCUACUGCACUGGGCUAAAGAUAAUAUAUAUUUUUAUUAGUUUAUCUGGAGGGAAAAAACGCUAUUUAAAGUAUGGCCAAUUCGGGCAUUCAGCUCCUGGGCUUCUCACUGUCGCUCAUCGGGGUCGUCGGACUCAUCGUGGGCACCAUCCUGCCGCAGUGGAAGAUGUCCGCGUACGUCGGGGACAACAUCAUCACGGCCGUGGCCAUGUACCAGGGCCUGUGGAUGUCGUGCGCCUUCCAGAGCACGGGCCAGAUGCAGUGCAAGGUGUACGACUCCAUCCUGCAGCUCGACAAUGCGCUGCAGGCGACCCGGGCCCUGAUGAUUGUGGGAAUCAUCGUGUCUGUGGCCGGUCUGGGUGUGGCCUGCACCGGUAUGAAGUGCACCAAUUGCGGUGGCGACGACAAAGUGCGCAAGUCACGGAUCGCCAUGACGGGGGGAAUCGUUCUGCUGGUGGGAGCCUUGUGUGCCAUAGUUGCAUGUUCGUGGUUUGCCCACAAUGUCAUCCGUGCCUUCUACAACCCCUUCACUCCAGUCAACUCCAAGUUUGAAUUUGGAGCAGCAAUCUUUAUUGCCUGGGCAGGAUCCUUCCUGGAUCUCCUGGGGGGCGCUAUGCUGGCUGCCUCAUGCCCCAGGAGCAAACAGGUAUCCAAGUACCCUCCCAAGGGCUCAGCCCGAUCACCUAGCAGCACCAAGGAGUACGUGUGAGGAUGCCUUAUAGGCUGGUCGCACCGGUGCUACACGUAAAAGAACCAUUGGCCAUGCUCACACCGGGUCAAACAAUACAACUUUGGCUUACCUCUAUUUUUAAAGACAUACUUGUGUUUUAAAUCCAGUUUACAGUCGCCAAUUUCUUUGUCACGAAUUCAUGUUUACAUUGUUUUUUUCCUAGUGAUAUUCCAACAUGUUCCCUCAUGGGGAAACUGCCUUUCUCUCUCCCCCUAUUCGAGUGUGGCACACUACAAAUGAAAAUGGCUUCAGUUAUGUCAAAUAGGGCAUCCUCUCAGGAGGGCAAAAAGGCCGGUCUAGAAGAAUCCUCUAGUUCCGGUUUAAAUUUUGUUUAAGAGCCAACACCCGAGAUAGAUAGCUCUCAGCAGAACCUGGAGCUGCAGGAAGACCAGUCUUGGCACUCCUGAAAAAGAGUGCGAAGGUUACUCGGAAGCUUAUAUCACUGUGGCUCCAGAGCCGAUAGGACUCCUGCAGAUACUUUGUCAGUGCCACUCAGAGUCAGAACCACCGCCAGCUGUGCUCAGACUGCACGCAUGAGCUUUUUGAAGAAAUACAUUACACUGUUUAUUUUACUUCUAUUAUGUAAUUAUUAAGCUAUCACCUGAUCAUUCCACUUUUCAGGGCUUAAAAAUGCAACUUGUUCACCUGAAUGGCAAAGUUCUGUUUAUUCAUUCACAACGUUAAGCAUCAGUGUUCAUCUCCUGCUAGUAGUGCAAUUGUUGAUCUGGCUACACUAAUAUAAAGUUGCAUAUAUGUGUCUGUAGACAUACUUUCUGUAAACAAUUUGUGUAUUUUGUCAUCUUUUAAUUCUCAUUCAGACUUGUCCUUUUUUGGAGGGGCUUUCAGACUGGAGAAAACCUGUUUUUCUUGCUAAAUUUAGACUGGCUUAGUUGAAUAUUUAUUUUGU